GGGCGGCCGGCGCGAGGCGCUGCGUCCCGCCGCGCCUGUGCGGGCCCGCGGGGCUGCGGGAGCCGCGCUAGGACGCCGCGAGCGGUGACUCCCCGCCGCUCCCGGGGGCCGUGACGAUGAGGAAAAUGAGGCCCAGAGGAGAUUUCUGUUCAGAAUCACUUAGUUUGUAAGUGGUGGAGCUGUGGUGUGAAACCAGGUGGUCUGACUUUGGAUCCUGUGCAUUUAACCACACUGUUUCUCAUACUGCAGCAAUAAUCCAGUGAAGGGAGAUGCCUACUUAGAAGAGUGACAGCAGCUGGUCUACAUGUUUCAGUGCUGAACUAGUUCCUCAGGUAUCCUGGCUCUGGAAAUUGCUAUGGGAGAUUGGAUGACUAUUACAGAUCCAGGUCUGUCUGCAGAAAGUAAAAAUAUCUCUCAAUAUACCUCAGAAACAAAGAUGUCUCCAUCAAGUCUAUACUCACAGCAAGUGCUAUGUUCUUCAAUACCUUUAUCAAAAAAUGUGCACAGCUUUUUCAGUGCCUUCUGCACAGAAGAGAAUAUUGAACAAAGUAUUUCAUAUCUUGAUCAGGAAUUGACUACUUUUGGUUUUCCUUCAUUAUAUGAAGAAUCCAAAAGUAAAGAGACAAAGAGAAAAUUAAAUAUAGUUGCUGUUUUAAAUUGUAUGAAUGAGCUACUUGUACUUCAGCGAAAGAACCUUCUAGCUCAGGAAAAUGUGGAAACAAAGAACCUGAAACUGGGAAGUGAUAUGGACCAUCUACAGAACUGCUAUGCAAAACUUAAGGAACAACUGGAAACCUCCAAGAGGGAAAUGAUUGGGCUUCAGGAGAGAGACAGACAAUUGCAGUGCAAGAACAGGAAUUUGCAUCAGCUCCUGAAAAAUGAGAAAGAUGAGGUACAAAAAUUACAAAAUAUCAUUGCAAGUCGAGCUACUCAGUAUAAUCAUGAUAUGAAGAGAAAAGAGCGUGAAUAUAAUAAACUAAAGGAACGUCUGCAUCAACUUGUUAUGAACAAGAAGGAUAAAAAAAUAACCAUGGACGUUUUAAAUUAUGUGGGGAGAGCUGAUGGAAAAAGAGGCUCCUGGAGGACUGGUAAAACAGAAGCCAGGAAUGAAGAUGAAAUGUAUAAAAUUCUUUUGAAUGAUUAUGAAUAUCGUCAGAAACAAAUCCUAAUUGAAAAUGCUGAACUUAAGAAGGUUCUUCAGCAAAUGAAAAAGGAAAUGAUUUCUCUUCUUUCUCCCCAAAAGAAGAGACCUAGAGAAAGAGCAGAUGAUAGCACAGGAACAGUUAUCUCUGAUGUUGAAGAAGAUGCUGGGGAACUAACCAGAGAGAGUAUGUGGGACCUUUCCUGUGACAAUGUGAGAGAGCAGCUUACAAACAGCAUCCGAAAACAGUGGAGAAUUUUGAAAAGUCAUGUAGAAAAACUUGAUAACCAAGUUUCAAAGGUACACUUAGAAGGUUUUAAUGAUGAAGAUAUGAUAUCACGACAAGACCAUGAACAAGAAACUGAGAAACUGGAGUUAGAAAUUCAGCAAUGUAAAGAAAUGAUUAAAACACAGCAGCAACUUUUACAGCAGCAGCUCGCUACUGCAUGUGAUGAUGAUACCACUUCACUAUUACGAGACUGUUAUUUGUUGGAAGAAAAGGAACGCCUCAAAGAAGAAUGGUCCCUUUUUAAAGAGCAAAAAAAGAAUUUUGAGAAAGAAAGACGAAGCUUUACAGAGGCUGCUAUUCGCCUAGGAUUGGAGAGAAAGGCUUUUGAAGAAGAAAGAGCCAGUUGGCUAAAGCAGCAGUUUUUAAAUAUGACUACAUUUGACCACCAGAACUCAGAAAAUGUGAAACUUUUCAGUGCCUUCUCAGGAAGUUCUGAUCGGGACAAUCUUACAGUGCACUCAAGGACACAGCAAAAGAAGCCUCACAGUGUGUCUAAUGGGUCUCCAGUUUGCAUGUCUAAACUGACUAAAUCUCUUCCUGCUUCACCUUCUACUUCAGACUUUUGCCCAACACGUUCCUGUGUAUCUGAACAUAGCAGUUCAAUCAAUGUACUGAAUAUAACCCCUGAAGAAAUUACACCAAAUCAGGUUGGAAGAGAAUGUACAAAUCACAAGUGGAGUGUGGCGUCAAGACCGGGGUCACAGGAAGGUUGCUACAGUGGAUGCUCCUUGACCUAUACAAAUUCUCAUGUAGAAAAAGAUGACUUACCUUAGAUGUGUGGAUGGGAUUUUUUUCAUUAACAUUCAUCAGAUUUCACAUCUAAGUUGAAACAGGGUAUGUCAUAAAGUCAGUCAUCUCUAAUAAUUCAGGAUGGUCUGAGUUGUUUGUUUGGACUUCCCUGUCUUUCCCCAAAGAGCUGAAAUGCUAAAUCUAUUUAAAAGGAUAUAAAAGCUUUGGAUAUGUAUUUUUAGUAACAGAAACAUCUGGUUCUGUGAAUAAAGGAAUGUAUAGAUGUUUGGAUGGAAACAAAAGCACUAGAAUAAGUUUCCUCUUUAUAGGUAUUAAAAAUAGCACUUUUAGGAAACUGAUUAUUGUAAAUGUUUAAUUUUUGUCCCAAACAUAGUUGGCAUUGGAAGUUUAAUCUUUACUUGAAUGUAUACUGUAGAUUUUUAACAAAGCAAGUUCUAUAUUUAUUAUGUUUAGUGUGAUUUUGAAAUUACCUCUUUCAUAUGUUUUAAAUAAAAUGAAAUUUAUGUAUGUUUUGUACAUAGAUAUACAUGAUUAUGUUAAGAGGCUUUAAGAUUUAAAAACUUCUACACAACCAUGAGUAUAGUAAAAUUUUCAGUUGUAUUCUGUUUACAGAUGUGUUAGGACUGUUGCCACAUUGCAUUUAAGGUUUUUUUUUUAAUCCAUAUGGGCAAUAAAUAUUCAAAAAUCUGUUCCAUGAAGCUGAGUUCUUUAGAUAAUCAACAUUACUAACAUUACAGUUUUGAGAUUUUUUUACAGCAUUAGAUUUUUAUUUUAUAUACAUAGGAUGUUAUAAUUUUUAAAAGAUUAUAGAGUCAUGGGGCAAGUCAACAAAAGUACCUUUGAAUAACAAUUUAAGAGCAAUGAUUUAAGAUAUUUGGAUGAUAAAAGAUAUUUGAGAUGGAUGGUGAUAUUUUCCUUACUAGAUGGGUACCAGUAAGGUAAUAAUCUGUAUCAGCUAGAACUUUAUAUCAUUGACAAUAAUUUUUUAAUAAUUUUUCAAUGAAAUAUUUACCACUAAUGAUAAAUUAAUAUGGCAGUAUAGAAGUAUUGAAUUUUAUAAUCCAGAUAUGAUACUCUGGUCAGUCUUGUGUCAUUUCAUUUUCAGAACAAUCUUAGGCUCUUUUGUCUCUGUAAUGUGUCUGAUUGCAUGUUCUUCAUGAACAGUAUAUUAUUAUUGAUAGUAAUAAUAAUACUUGUAGGCCCAAGCUCUUCCCCUAUAGAUUUUCAUCAAAAAACUUUAAGUGCCUAAUUCUCUCUGCUUUUUGCUGUAUAUAGAAGCCUACACAGGUCCAGUCCUUGCUAGGUGUGGUAGUUUAGUCCCAUCUACCUUCCCCUUUUCUAGCAGUUCAGCCACUUAAAUAUGCUCACCCUGUUUGUGACUGUUCCAUUUAAAUUUCCCAGACUACCAAAAAAAGGUUUAUAUGUCAUCCAUUCACUAUAUGUGACUCUUUGGAGUUGUGUAGCAGCAGCCAUUUUUUUCAGGGCUGAUAGAAUCUUGAGACAUUAAUGAAUAUACUAACACUAAUCAUAUUUAUAGUUCCAGGGAGCUGGCUCUUGAAUAUUAGUCACUCACUACCUUCCGCUUGAUGCAUGGACACUUAUUUAGUCUUUAAAAUAUUACAGAUGUUACAGAAUGCCAGAGAUAUUCCAGAGGAAGGAUCCUAGCUGGGAUGCAAUCAUUCUUUUGCUCUUUAGCAAUAAUGUGGUCGAAGAAAGGCAAUCAGAAAUUUUAGAAAUAAUCAAUGAUACAUUUGUGGAAAGUUUUCCCCAGGGGUUUUCAUGUUGUACUUUGCCAGAGGUAAAUAAUCUGAUUUUUAUAUUAAUCUCUUUAAGGAAUACUGUAUUGCAUGAGGAUGGAUUUCUAGAAAGCAGCAUCUGAAUUUUGUUUCCAUUUUAAAAUGUGUUGAAUUUUCAUAAUGGAAAGAAAAUUUCCUUGAGAUCUAUUUUUAAAUGUAAGGUAUGAAAGAAACAGUAAAAUGAAAACCAAAUUUAUUGUGUUUUUGGUAUUUGCAUAGAUCUGCUAGAAGUUGUAUGUUUUACCACUUUUGUUUUGCUAUAGGUUUUUUUUUUUUUUUUUGAUGGGGGGGUUGUCUUUUUUGAGACAGGGUCUUGUGAAAUUGCAGUCUUCCUGGUUUAGGCUUUCAAGUCACUGGGAUUUACAGGUGUGUGCCACCAGGCCUGGCACGUGCUUUUCAAUUCUAAAAUGAUCCCCAAUCACCUAAGCUUUCCAGAAUGUUGGUAAACCCCUGAAUCCACACAUAAAAUUCCCAAGAUUUGUCUUCUAGGUAUUUCCAAUGUACUAAUACUGCUGUUAGUCUUACGUCCAAGCCAUCAUUUUAAUCAAAUGGAGAGUACCAUGAGGUACUUCAGGAUUAUCAGCCCUCCUGAUAAUCUUGCUUUCUUCUCUACUAUUACAUAAAACUGAAAUAUUUUAUGCCUCAUUUGUUUUUCUAUAUGACGUCCAUUUGGAAUUUUCAAAGCAUAAAAGUGGCAAAGAAAGUGUGAGAUAAAAAUUUCUUUCUCAAUGUUUGCACAUGCAGUUUACAGUGAUGAGAAACUUAAUAAAAGAAUCAGUGAUACCAGAAAAUCAUGAUUAAAUUUAAUAGGUAUUUUUCUUACAGAGCAAUAUAUUAAUUGAUACAGGACAGUCUGAAGCAAAUUGUUUGUCUCAUGGUAUAAUUGAAAUUCUUUGUUAUUUGGAAAGAAUGCUGUAUUUCUUAAUCUUAGCUAGCCAGGAUUUAUUCAUAGGCUUGCAAUAACAUGGUUUCUAUGGGAAAACACAUUCCAUGGUGCAUGUUGAAAACAGAGUGCCCUGAAAUCCAGUCUUGACCUCCCCUGGGGUUGCAUUUGAAAGCCCUGGGACCCCAAAAGAAGAUUUUGCAGUAUGUAUACCUGGAGCGCCAUGAAUGAACAAGGCCUUCUGUGAUUGCCCUGUUGUAAAAUCUUUGAAACAUAUUUCCUAAUGUAAAUCAUGUUCUUAUUUCUAGAUUGGAUUUUAAGUAUGGAUCAUUGAACUCUAGUAAAAAUACUUUUCCCUA